GUUCAACCUACAGCCACAUGCAGGAAGUUAGUUUACAGUAGUAGCAGCAGCAGCGAGCUGGCCUACAUGGCGGAUAAACGGGACAGAGAAUAUGGUUGUAGGACUGUUGAGCACCCCCCUCCUCCUCCUCCUCCAUCUCCUCCUCCUCCUCCUCAUGUCUCUCCCUCCCCUCCAUUGGUAGAGGAGCCGACUGUUUGGGAGAUGAGCGGGUGGGAGAACAGAAACAGUCUGAAGCAAAUCAUUUAUUGUGCCGUGGAGUGUGUUUCACGGUGCGUAAAGAAGGAAGAGAAGAAGAAGAAGAAGAAGCAGGAGAAGAAGAAGAAGAAGAAGAAGUGCGCUAUCAAAGCAAAUCCCUCGUGGACUUACUUUGGGCAAUAAAAGCGGACGAUUAGAAGACGACAUCGCAUCAAAGAGCUGAGGACAGAUGAGAAGAUUAUGGCCAGUAAAUGGAAUAAGGGAGUAAGACGAAAAGAAAAAAGUUGUCCAGAAGCAGUAACAGGAAUAAAAGAUGGAAAGAGGUGACUUCACAUAAAAGUAAAGGUUUUAAGAAGUGAUUCACAUUCUCAAAAAGGAAAAAAAAAACAAAUGCACAGGUUAGCAGUCACUUUAGGUUAGCUGAAGAAGUGAAGAACUGAACUGAAGAAGCUUACAGAUCUUAAGACGGGUCGGCCACCGUCCCAGCAUCUUACAACACAUUACAAAUGACCUUUAUUUGUAAGAUUUUCUUUUCAAAAUUCAAAUCUGACUUUGCCAAAUUAAUGUCAAAACUAGAUUAGUUAAGUUUAGGUACAUUAAAUUUAGAUAAUAUAAUCCUUCAUUAGCCCUACAACAGGAAAAUACACAUUAUCAAAGCAGCAAAAGAAGAAAAUAAUAUUCAAAUACGGUAAUAAUGUUGUGACCAUUUUCUUUGAUCGGUGUAACAUUUAUUGUGAAAAGCCCGGUCCUGUGUUUCCGGUUUUGUGCCGGUUUACUGCCGUUACUUUGACUCGAACUGAAGCGCUGAAAACGGAUAUGGUUUGUGUGACGACACAGCGCGUCAGAGGGGCGGCGUCAGGCGACCCGUCUUUAAGGACACCGGGAGGAGUGGGGCAGUGAACCCGCUGACCCCGGCAGGGCCCCGGGCAGCUUCAGAGCGGAGCCCCGCUGGAACCGCUUCACCUCCUCACGGAGGUGCUGAGCGGAGGAGCAGACCCCGGCAGGCCGCCUCCACAGCGGGCUAACGACAACUCAACAACCGCGUAACAACCGCUGUACGACCGCUCUCACCGCUGAGGACUCACUGUGGAGCUGAACGUCAACCUACACCAACAUAUGAUCUCAUUCAUAAAACAGGGGUGGACAAAAUAACAGAGACACCUCUCAGUUUAACACAAACGGAAUAUUCUGACGGUCCAUGUC